AUGGGCAUGAGGAUCAAGUUGCACAGCACCAAUCACCCCAACAACCUGCUGAAGGAACUCAACAAGUGCAGGCUCUCCGAGACCAUGUGCGACGUCACCAUUUUGGUGGGCACCCGCUCCUUUGCCGCACAUAAGGCUGUUCUGGCCUGCGCUGCAGGCUACUUCCAGAACCUCUUUCUGAACACAGGGCUGGAUGCUGCUAGGACCUAUGUAGUGGAUUUCAUCACACCGGCCAACUUUGAGAAGAUCCUCAGCUUUGUGUAUACCUCGGAGCUCUUCACAGACCUAAUCAACGUGGGCGUCAUUUAUGAGGUGGCAGAGCGGCUGGGCAUGGAAGAUCUGCUGAAGGCCUGCCAUUCAACCUUCCCUGACUUGGAGAGCUCAACCAUCACGAAGCAACCCGCCCUGUCCAUGAGCGAAGGCCGGUCAGGUCCUCUGAGCAGCACCUCCUCAGAGCAGAGCCAUUCUUUGAGUGAAAUCCGGAGUGGCGUAGAACAUUUUGGCCCUGAACGGAAUUACAUCUUGCACGGGGAAGUGGCAGGCAGCUACAAAGAGGAUGACAGGAAUACCGUGAUUCCCCUGAUGCAUCCCCAGCAGCCUCCCAAGGCAGAACAGGAAUCGGAUCAGGGGCAGUUUGCUCCUGCUGCGAGUAUGGCAACCCAGCCCAGCCUGGGGGGCGUGAACAUCGUUGUUCAAACCACUGCAAGCUCCUGCCAGCAGUAUAAGGUCCAGAGCAAUGGCGACUAUGGCAAGGGUGGCUUCUUUACCACUGAUCCUUCCCUGGACAUCUCCACGGGGAGCAACUCUUGUCCCAGCAACAGUGACCACUCCAAAGAGCAAGGUUUUGGGCAGAUGGAUGAGCUUCAGCUGGAGGAUUUGGGCGAAGAUGAACUGCAUUUUGAAGAUGCCAGUGAAGAGCUGGGCCCAUCGGAAGAAGUUAUUGAGCUGAGUGAUGAUAGUGAAGAAGAGCUGGCCUUUGAGAAUGACAGCCGGGAUAGCAAGGCCAUGCCCUGCCAGGUGUGCAAGAAGGUCCUGGAGCCCAACAUCCAGCUGAUCCGCCAGCACGCGCGAGACCACGUUGAUCUGCUUACCGGGAACUGCAAGGUCUGUGAAACCCACUUCCAGGACCGGAACUCCAGGGUCACUCAUGUUUUGUCCCACAUCGGCAUCUUUCUCUUCUCCUGUGACAUGUGCGAGACCAAGUUCUUCACCCAGUGGCAGCUGACCCUCCACCAACGAGAAGGUGUCUUUGACAACAACAUCAUCGUCCACCCCAGCGACCCGCUGCCGGGGAAGAUCACCAUGUUUGGGGGAGGGCCCGGCUCAGAGCUGGCGUGCGCUGCCUGCGGGAAGCCUUUGGCCAAAGAUUUCCACACCGUCCGCAACCACAUCAUGGACCACGUGAACUUGAAAAGCCAGACAUGCGGUGUGUGUGACCAGAGGCACCUCAGUCUCUGCAGCCUGAUGUGGCACACCCUGUCUCACUUGGGGAUCUCAGUCUUCUCCUGCUCUAUUUGUGCCAACAGCUUUGUGGAUCGGCACCUUUUGGAGAAGCACUUGGCUGUUCACCAGAACAUGGAGGAGGCUCUUUUCCGGUGCCACUUCUGCGGCCAGAGCUUCAAGCUGGAAGCGGCGUAUCGUUACCACGUCAGCCAGCACAAGUGCGGGGGCAGCCUGGACAUCCGACCCAGCUUUGGAGACCGUCUCCAGCAGCAGGGCCUGCAGAAGAGGAAGCUGCCGGAGGAGUUCCUGAGCGAAGACUUGUCGCUGCAAAACCAGCCAGGCAACAGCAAGUACAGCUGCAAGGUCUGUGGGAAGAGGUUUGCCCACACCAGUGAAUUCAACUACCACCGGAGGAUCCACACCGGAGAAAAGCCCUACCAGUGCAAGGUGUGCCACAAGUUCUUCCGUGGCCGCUCCACCAUCAAGUGCCACCUGCGGACGCACUCGGGAGCCCUCAUGUACCGCUGUACUGUUUGCGGGCAUUACAGCUCCACGCUCAACCUCAUGAGCAAGCACAUAGGCGUGCACAAAGGCAGCCUCCCCCCGGACUUCACCAUCGAACAGACUUUCAUGUACAUCAUCCAUUCCAAAGACGCGGAGAAAAACACAGACAGCUGA